AUGUCGGCAGCUCUGCCGCGAGCCACCAUCCCUCCCGAAGAAGGCGUGGAGACCCGUCUGAGACUCGGCACCGGCAAGAAACCUCGCAUGGGCGCGAGGGGCCAGCGCAAGGUCAAGAGCGGGUCCGUCGCGCGGUCAUCGCAUGUUGUCCGUGAAUGGAGGGUUGUCCGGAGGUCCCUGUGGCACCGCCCGUCCAGCCUCCCAAGUCACCUGUGCGCCCUGGACAGCUUCGAAGCGAGCACCUUCGAGUACUUCCGGCACGUCUGCGCGCGGGAUUUCGCCCUGUACUUCGAGAGUCCGUGGUGGGGGGCGCUCGUGCUGCGGUACGCGCUCGCCGAGGCCAGCAUCUACCACGCCGCGCUGGCGAUCAGCUCGAUGAGCAGGCACAACUACUACCCGACGACGACGACGACGACGACGAGUUAUGUUCCCGAACACCACUCAUGUAACCACACCCACUCUCAAUCUCACUCCGCCGCCGAAUACUGCCUGGCGCAAUACACCCUGGCGAUCCAGCGGCUCAAUGCCCGCCUGGACAGUUCCGUCGCGAGCGUCGAGCUCGCCGCCUUCGCCAGCAUCCUCUUCAUCUACAUCGAGGGCAUGCAGGGGUCCACGAGAUCCAUGCACGUCCAUCUCCGCGGCGGCCUGGCUCUCGUGCAGAGCCUCCUCCAACUCGUGGCCCCCAACGUGGGAUAUCUCGAGUGGGCCUUGUGGCAGAUUCGGGAACAGGUGCAACAGAUCGAGGCUGUCAGGAGCAAUGAUCAAGAAAAUCCAGAGGGGGCGGCGCAGCACUCACAGGGGUUCUAG